UCACAAAUAUCACUCCAACUCAUGCCAAAGGUAUUGGAUGGAGCUCCAUCACUCCAGAGAACGCAGUUCCACAAUACUGGGGUACUUUAUAUCCCUUUGGCUGAGGCUCUUGUGAAGCAGCUCCAAAGUGUCCAAUUCUAUUGCUCACUGCUUUUCUAUGGAGAUUAUACAAGCUGCAUGUGCACAAGUGAUUGCAGCUUAAAGUAGCUGAAUUCACUCAUUAGAAGGAGUGUUUAUAGUUCUUUGAACACAUAUGUAUAUACACAUAUAUGAAUAUACUAUACCUAAAUAUAAGAAGAAAAUAUAUAUUCAACAAACAAUUACACAGAAAACUUAUCAACUAAAUUUAACAUCAAACAUAAGAAUAUAAUAUCAUUAGUCAGUAUUUAUUGUGUGUAUUGCCUACAGCUUUCAUUCGUCUCAGAUAAAUAUGCAGGGAUAUUUUUCCACACCAAGAAAAGUUCAGUCUUAGAAGUUGUUUGCAUUUUCUGCUUCUUAUGAUCCAAGUCAAUUCAUACAUUCAAUUUAUUCACUGAUGUAGAGAUCUCAGCUGUUGGGUAGCACUGUUCUGAGAACACCAGUAGCUUCUUUGUUUGAUUUGCAAUUGUUCAGUUGUGCAAUUGUUGCAGUUGCAGUUGCAAUUGUGUCUAUUUACUUUUCUUAUGAUCUUGAUCUUCACUUAUCUUUUAAAGAUGAAACUCUGAUGUACUGUUUAUCUGAUAGUUAGAGCUUUGGUGGUCUAGCAGGUCUUUUAUGUUUGUUUCACUUUCUUUUAUCCUUUAAUCUUUUAAUAUCCCGUUUUAGAAAGUCCUGUUUUUUCACUUACUUUCUUAGAUUUUUUUCUGUUCUUUAUGCAAGUGGAAUGAUGUCAUAUCUGUUCUGUAUAAAAAUAUCUCCUGAAAAAUGAUUGACUUGUACCAAAUGUUUGUUUUGACUGGACAUACUGUAAAUGAAUGAGGGGUGAUCUCUGACUAUUCAGAACCACUUAGCUGCCUGAUGUUAGCAAUUGAUUACUACAGACCAUGCUACCCAUAUAGCACCUCUAAAAAUAUUAUCAAGUGUGAAUGAUCAAAUGACAAAAGUUAAAAAGGAACUGCUGCCUUUGUAGAGUCAUAGUGUACACUGCUAAAGUGACAAUCUCACUGUCUUGUUUCCUUAUAAUGCUUCACUUGUAAGAAUGGGGACAUGAAAAAGAAAACAUAAUUAAUCCUACUCAUUACGGUAAGUGCUUGUCUUUCGGUGCGUGCCCUUCAGUAAAUUUACUUGCAGUUUUGAGCCCUCUAGCACUUUCAAAACAUGACUGUUUUGUCUGGUAAACAUUUCUUUGCACUGCUGUAUACUUGAUGGUACCAUGACAUGCAGUUUUUUUUAAUUAUGUAAAACAUUUUAUUUGUUUUGAAUUUUUCAGAGGACAUGAUUUUAUGUUUGUGACUAUUUUGUGGGCCGUUUAUUGUCAUUGUCACUGAAGAUUCACCAUUGUUUAACAGACUAACGCUUCUGUUUUCAGUUUUGGACUUUGUUGAAAUCCUUAGAAGAAUAAUGUACUGCCCUGCCCUACAUUAGCAACUUCUCCUUCCUCUUUUUUCCCUGUGACUGGUGUUUAAAUACAUCCACUUUCUCAGUUUCCUUUCAAAAUGGACAUCUCAGGUCCUACAACGGCUGUCAUCUGGCAGAACAGCAGUAUUGGCUUGGAGACAGACUGUCCUCCAGAAGCUCAGCAUGUGUCCCUCACCGUGCUCCUCUGCCUGGUCUAUCUGGUGGGGCUUUUUCUCAAUGGCUUCAGCCUGUGGGUCUUCACCUGCAAGAUACGCAAAUGGAGAACUGGCACCGUUCUGCAGUUCAACCUGGCCAUUAGUGAUGCCAUCGCCUGUCCAGCCACACCAUUGAUGGCUGCCUACUUUGCCAAAGGGAGCAACUGGGAGUUUGGAAAUUUUGCAUGCCAUCUGAAAAUAGCUCUGCUUAGUGCUCACUUCUACGGCAGCAUCGCAUUCCUCACCUUGAUCAGCAUUCAUCGCUAUGUGAUGGUCGUCCACAUCAAACAAGCUUCACCAAUGAAAAGGAAAGGCUUUGUGAAGAAACUGUGUAUUGGAGUGUGGUGUUUUUUGGUGGUGAAAGCCAUCAUCUAUGGGGUUCUUCUGCCUGUUACAACUGAUGACGGCCAUCAGCAAUGCCUUUCCAUACACCAGAAGAAACUUACGAGUUCGUAUUUCACCAUCAACUUUUUACUCUUCAUUUUUGGCUUCAUCAUACCCUUCACCAUAUCUGUGGUUUGCUACAGCCGCCUGGCCCAGUCGCUGUCCCGUGUCAACGUGAAGUCCCCUCAAGGCCAAGCAAUCAAGAUGAAGUCCCUGAGGAUGAUAGGAAUCUGCCUUGUCAUCUUCGGACUGUGUUUCCUCCCUCUCAAUAUUGUGCGGACAGUUGGUGUUAUUGUUAAGAAGUACUACCCCAUGCACUGUCCUCUUCUUCUACAACUGGAAACGGCAUAUUAUGCAACAUACAUCUUGGGAGGAAUCAAUUGUUGCUUGGACCCCCUUAUUUAUUUCUUUGGCUCACAUAAUUUCAGCAAAGCAUUUAGAAAAUCUCUGAGAAAAAUAACAGUCAGGGAACAAGAAAGAGACAACAGAAGUGAAUCAGACACAGUAAGCUACUCUGCAAAAAGAAGUGGUGUUUAUACAGUAUCUACAUGAAUGGAAAUCAACCAUUUCUGCUUUUAUUUGGUGUUUCUGGUUAUGAUAUUAUGGUGAAUGUACUUGUAUUUGUUUCUGCAGAAAUUAUUAAGAUAUUUGUCCUUCCAUUCAUGUUUUUAAGAUUUAAGGUGUUACUUAAAAAAUGUAGUCUUGUAAAUUUGCUUUUAGCUGUUUGAAAAGUAAAGAUUUUUCAUAAAGAUCACUGAAUGAAUGAUAUGUGCAGAUGUUAAUGAGUAUUUAUGAAUAUCAUUAGUAUGUUUCCUGUGGAGUAGCAACUUACAUAUGAAGCGUAAGAGCAAACAUCAGCCAGGAACAAGAGUGCAGGGUUUUGUAAUAUGUGCAAAAAAAAAUUCUGAGUUGCAACAUGGCACAUUCAAAGAAAGAUCAGUUAGGCAUAUAAAAAAAACUCUACUGUUCCCUUUAGUACAUCUGGCUUCUCCUUUAAUGUCAUGUAUUGCAUGUAUAUGUAGUACACUCUUAAAAAUAAAGGUUCCUAAAUGUU